GUAAAUUAUUAUUGGGCCGUGUUAACAGUAUAUGUUGUUGUUAAUGGGCUUUAAGAUUUUAAUAUUCUAGGCCCAGAAAGUCCAUCAGAGACCAGGUGAAGAACAGCAAAUGAAAUGGAAUCUAGAGAAGACUGAAGACUCGAACAACAACAAAAGCUGUUAGGGUUCCUCCUUCGUCUGAGUCUUAGAUAUUCCCUCUCAAUCAGUUUACAGCUCACGACCAAUGGCUGACGAUGAAGUUGUUGAUCCAAAGAAGUACCUCGAGGAGUCUUGCAAUCCAAAAUGUGUGAAGCCACUUCUCGAAUAUCAGGCGUGUGUGAAGAGAAUCCAAGGUGAUGACUCUGGCCACAAGCAUUGCACUGGGCAGUAUUUCGACUACUGGCAAUGCAUUGACAAAUGUGUUGCACCCAAGCUUUUUACAAAACUGAAAUGAAAUAAAGGCGAAGCUGGAGUUGACAUUGUCUUUGAGUUUAAGGGAUGUAUAAAACGCAGUUGAUGUUAAACUCUUUUUUUUUUAACUGCAAACCUUAGUAAUGCCAAAAAUGGCUCUGCUUCUCGUUUUUUUUGUUUCUGUCACAAGUUGCGAGUGUUAUAUUUUUGCUACAGACAUUGUUAUUCUGCUUCUUUUAAAGUAAUAAAAAGCCUAAUAACAAGGAUUUGUUA